AUGCUUUUUACAAACGAUAUUUUACUGCAGCAUACUGCAAGUCGCAAACAAAAUUCAUUGGCAAUUGUUUGGCUGGCAGCAACAUUAGGACAAAGAAACUCUUGUAAAAAACUGGGUCGCAAGGAAGUCAAUGCAGUGAAUCUGGUACAAACAUGCCAUUAUUUGACCUCGCCACCAGAACCGUUGGCUCUGCGACUCAGUUCUAAUCUUAUGAUGGGAGUUGCUCGUGUCUACUCGCACCAAACCAACUUUUUCUAUGGAGAUGUCAAUAGUGUCAUUAUUAAAUUGAAACGCACACUGUCUCCACUUCAAACCACUGAUAUUGAUCUAGCCAAUCCCGAGGUCAGGCUUGAACAUAUUACUUUGGAAAAUGAUAUUGACGAUACCCUGCUUUUGUUUGAGCAAACAGUCAAGAUGAAAGAUGGAAAGAUUGUUUUUACUAAAACACCCACCACUGUACUUGGUUCAUCAAAACGGUGUUCGGAAAAAGUAUUUGAUUCUUUCAGUCGUCUCGGUCUGGAAGAAUCGGAUACACCCUUGACUAAAAUGUACAACAAACACAUGAUUUAUUCAAACGAUAUUCCUGGUAGCAUAGCUACGUCUCCUCUUACAAACAGACACCUGUCUCGAAUCAAAUCAAAUGCAUAUUCAUCCUUGUCAUCUCACCAGUCGCGCUCCAUUCUACUGAGCAACGAUCCUCUACAAGACUUUCUUGAUUCUGGGGAUGCUAUUGAUGUCAUGGACCCUCUUAUGAAAGACUUUGGAGGAAUGCAACAGGAUGACUUUGAUAUAUUUACAGACUAUCCAGUUCAAACUUCUGAUCUCAGAAAUCAUGAUCAGCAGCUUUCGUUUGGACACCAAGACAGUCAUGACUUUGUCAAGCGCAUGGCUCCCAAUCGUGCUAAUGAGCACACAUGGCUUGAAAUUCCAAUUACUACAAUAACGCCAAGCUCUGAUAUUGCCGAGGUAGCUCAGGUGCCAAUACUGACCAAGCGCAUAAAGCUGGCAGCUGGAAAGCGUAAUCUUUUUGAUGAAGCGAUCUCGCUACCAGAUGAGCCACAUUCAACAAAAACAAAUACUUUUAUAGCAAAAAUAUCCAAUAUGGAGACGGCAAAAUUUACCAAGAAGCAGAAUCAAGUGUAUUUGCAAAAUCUAAUGCAUCAACCAGAUCUGUCACGCAAUCUAAACAUGUUUUGGCAUGAAACAGUGGUUUCUCAUUUUGAUGACGAGACAGUAGUUUCAGGUCGUAAACGACCACGAUUCGGUCCAUCGAGUUUUACAGCAAACAAGCAAAUCGCACAAGAGUUUGACAAAAUAGCUUAUCAGCCAAACAGAAACAACCAGAUUGGGAAUGAAGGCAACUUUGACAAUUAUAACUUUGAUGAACCCAACCUAUCUGCUGAAAUAGGACGAGCUCUCGAGUCUGGCGAUAUACCGCUUGAAACCCAUGUAUCGCCAAAAGUCAUGCCAUGGCAUGUUCCGUCGGCUACAAACUCGAGCGUAUCAGGCAAAAAAAUCAGUGGGAUUCGUAAUAGUGACAAGCAUGUAUUUGAUGGAGAUCUUGGAUUGCAUGGCGUGCUUCCAGUAUCGGAAUCGGAUAAAAAUAUUGGAUUCGAGUUUGACACAAGUGAUGUGUUUGCUCAUCAACACAGGUCUCCAGACAAGGAAUCAACUGCAUUUUAUGAAUAUAUUCGAUCAAUCAUGGUUGAGGCAUCCACAAGUUCGGUGCAUCUUUUUGACCUUUUAGAGCACGUAAAUUCCCGCACUGUUGCCAGUCAAGCAUUUUUUAAUGUGCUUAAUCUUGCUACAAAAAACCGUGUCCGCAUAUAUCAGUUUCAACCAUAUGGUGAUAUUGAGCUUGAACUAUGUGAAUGA